AUGGGCAACUGCUUCGGCAAACAAAAAUCCGACAACUUCUCUUCCUCAGGCCAAACCCUCGGCACCAGCGCAUCCCAACCCCCAAAACCCGUCGCAAACACCCAAAACCCCGCCAUCUCUGCUUCCUAUUCGCCGACGCCCAAACAAGGACGUACAAUCGGUGGUAGUAGUGCAUCUCCCAGCCAAAGCGAUGCCCGCACUGCUGCCGCAUUAGCUGCUGAGACGCAUAAUUCGACCAUGAAUGAGGCUAGUAGGGAAGCCCUGUUGGCGAGAAAUGCGGAUGCCAAUGCAGAGACUAGGGCGUAUAAUUGA